AUGUCUGCGUUAGGCCUUUCCGCCGCUGCCCCCGCCUCCGCGCGCCUGAGCGUCUCCGCGGAACCCGCGCACUUGCGCCUGCGGGGGGCACGCGCCAAUCCAUCCGCAUGGAAGAUCACGCCCCUAUCCUCGCUGGCGUCAUCCCGAUCAACGACAGCGCAGCGACGCGCAGGCCUCGCGAUCCGCGCUUCUGCUGCCGCGGGAGCGGACGGCGCGGCGGGAGAUGCGGCGGGAAGUGCGGCGCAGGGCGGGAUGACGUACAAGGACGCGGGCGUGGAUAUCGAUGCGGGUGCUGAGCUGGUGAGGCGCAUCGCCAAGAUGACGCCUGGCAUUGGCGGAUUUGGCGGGCUGUACCCGUUUGGGGACCACUAUCUUGUAGCGGGUACGGACGGGGUGGGCACGAAGCUGAAGCUGGCCUUUGCAAUGGACAAGCACGACACAAUCGGCAUCGACCUGGUGGCAAUGAGUGUCAACGACAUCAUCACAUCCGGUGCUAAACCCCUCUUCUUCCUCGAUUACUUUGCUUCCAGCAAGCUGGAAGUGGAUCAGGCAGAACAAGUCAUCAAGGGUAUUGUGGAUGGAUGCAAGCAAUCCGACUGCGUGCUGCUGGGAGGGGAGACGGCGGAAAUGCCCGGGUUCUAUGCCGACAAGGAGUACGAUCUGAGCGGGUUCGCGGUGGGGGCGGUGAAGAAAGCUGAGCUUAUCGACGGGUCGAGGAUAAAGAAAGGCGACAAAAUCAUUGGUUUGCCGUCUUCUGGCCUGCACUCUAACGGGUUCUCCCUCGCACGCAGAGUGGUGGACGCCAGUGGCGCUUCCCUCUCAGACCCCCUCCCAGGCGCCCCUGCGGGUGUGACUAUAGGGGGCGCGCUGCUAGAGCCCACUGUGAUAUACGUGCGGCAGGUGCUGGAGAUUAUAAAGGGGGGCGGCGUGCAUGGGAUUGCACAUAUUACUGGAGGAGGCUUCACUGAGAACAUUCCCAGAAUUUUCCCUGAGGGGUUGGCUGCGAAGGCGGAUAUGACUGCGUGGGAGGAGCCGCCAAUUUUCAAGUGGCUCAGAAAGGCUGGCAAUAUCGCUGAAGAUGAGAUGCGCCGUGUUUUCAACCUUGGAAUUGGCAUGGUGCUUAUAGUGGAUACGGAUGCUUCAAAGCGCAUUCUAGAAAGCAACCCAUCAGCCGUGCUUGUAGGCGAAGUGGUGGAGGUUCCUCCCAUGCGGUCCAAGGGUGGUAGGCGGCAUAGCCGGCACUUCGCGGACAGGCGGUCGUUCUUCGCCUCAUACUGCACCCUCGAACGCGUGCUGCUGCUCGUGCUGCUCGUCGCUUUUGCCUUCAAUAUCAUCCCAAGACCCAACUUCAGGCGAGGUCUUGAAGAUAAAGACACCUUCCCUGGCCUUCGGACCUCCUCCUCAGAAUCGGGCGGGAAAGCCAAGGCCGAGCCUGAGGAAGAGGAUCGGGUGUAUGACUGGGUGAAUGGCGAGUUCAAGUCGCGAUCAGGCUCGGCAGAGGAUGAGAGUGAGGGGUACUGGGAAGAGGAGGGUGAUGAAGGAGAGGAGCUGAGUAGGAUAGGAGAGAAAUGGGUCGACGUGGCAAGGAGACGCAGAGAGAAGGGAGGAGGCGGGGAGCUACGGGGAUGGGGAGAAGGAGAGCACGAAGUGGAUUCGGAAGGGGGGGGUUAUAUGGGGAAGAAAAGGGGGAAUAAAGGGAGAGGGAGGGGGAAGAAGAAGCGGCGACUGCCAAACGAGAAGCUGAGAAAGCAGCAUGAGGAGGAGCAGCGGCACAGAGUGAGAGGAGAGGGGACAGGAGGAGGGGGGGGAGAGGGGGAGGGGGGUGAAUACGCUGAAGGGAUAAGCAGUGGUGGUAGUUAUCACGGCCCUGGGGGGGAGGUCUGGGGGGCGGAUGAUUAUGGGGGGAAGUGGGGGUUCGGUUGGGGGGGAGAGGAGGUGGGUUUGGAGAGUUUGAGGGAGGAGGAUUUGCAGGGUGAGAGUGAGGAGGAGAGGGAGGAGAGGAGGGUGUUGGAGGAGGAUGGGCUGCCGCCUCUGCAGGAGGGGAGUGGGGGAGUGUGGAAUGAGAAGGAGAGACGGCUGUGGGAACAGCCUCCUUCCCUGGGUCUGAAACCGUGCCUACGCCACUCCCCCACCUACCGGAACCACUCCAUAGAGGCUUUGAACCGAGGGCGAUACCUGAUGGCCGUGGUGACAGGAGGACUCAACCAGAUGCGGCUGCAGAUAGGGAACGCGGUGGUCAUUGCUCGCAUUCUCAGGGCCGUGCUGGUGGUGCCGGUGCUGCAGGAAAACAACAUCUGGCACGAUAGGAGUGAGUUUUCCGAGAUAUUUGACGUGCCUCACUUCCAGCGGGUGUUACGGAACGAGGUGAGGGUGGUAACCACCCUGCCGCCCCACUACUUGCGAGCCGCACCUGACGAGAAGCUUCCUCCCACGGGCUCCACACCGGAAUGGAUAAUUUCGCACCUCCUUCCACCUCUUCGCCGGCAGCACGUACUCCUUAUAAGAGGCCUCGACCAGGCCAUAACGCCCGACCUCCCUCGGGAACUCCAGAAGCUGCGCUGCAAGGUCGAAUUUCAUGCGCUGCGGUUCAUCCCACCAAUCCUAGCCCUUGGUCAGAAGCUCGUAUCACGGAUGGCUGCAUCUGGACCGUUCAUCGCAUUACAUCUACGGCUCGAGCCAGAUGUCUGGAUCCGGACCGGAUGCUACCCGAGGCUCGGGCCGGAGCUAGAUGCAGCGGUGGAUCGGGAGAGGGUGGGCCGGCCCGACCUGCUGACGGGGCGGCUGAAUUUGACUGCAGAGGAGAGAUUCGCCGCUGGGUUGUGCCCUUUGACUGCUGACGUGAUUGUGCGUCUCCUCAAGUCGUUCGGAGCGACCAAUCGCACGCGGGUGUUCUGGGCGGGGGCGGAGCCAAUGGGAGGCGCACAGCUGGCGCUGGCGCCGCUCUGGAUGUCCUUCUCUGCGGUGCGCAGCAAGGAGAGCCUGGCGCUGCCGGGGGAGCUGGAGGUGUUUUCACGGCAGGCCAACGUGCUUGCCGCUUUGGACUUUAUUAUCUGUGCCAGCAGCAACGUGUUCAUGCCAUCACAUGGCGGGAACAUGGCGCAUGUCAUUCAGGGGCAUCGUGCCUAUUUUGGGCACAGAAAGACAAUAAUGCCCAAUAAACGGAAGAUUGUCAAGUUAUUGUUGGAUGAGCAAUCAGGGGCUGUGAAUGGACGACGAUUGACAGAAGAGGAAUUUGAGAAAGCAAUGGUGGAGAUGCAUCAUGACUCGAUCGGAGAACCACAGUUGCGCACUCAUAAAAAGGGCAAGGAUGCCAUUAUCCACCAAACAAAGGCUUUCUGCGCCAUGGCGAUUCCUAUCUCUCGCUCAACCCUGUUCUUUGUCGUUCUCGCUGGAUGCGCAAUAUUCGCCUCUGCUCUGUCGCCCAUGCCUCUCUCGCCGUUUGACGAAGCCGUUCAGAAGCUGAACAAUUCGGGUUACACCAGCUUCGUCUCCCUCGUCAACGCUUAUGGCAAGAUGAAGCAGGUCAAGGCGGCUCUUUCGAAGCCCCUCACCAUGCUCGUCCCCAGCAACGCUGCGAUCGCCAAGGUCAAAAUAACGAGUUACUCUACAGCGCAGCUCUCCACGCUCGUCAUGUUCAACGCCAUCAAAGGCGUCGUUCCCUUCCAGAAGCUGCGAAGCCUCGCGAAGAAUGCGACGCUCGCGACUCUCGCUACGGACGCCAAGUCCCAGAAGACACUGAUGCUCACGAAGCUCUCCCCGCCCAAGGCGCACUGGGUUGCGAUUCAGGGCAAGCCCGGGAGCAAGUUGAUGAUCACUAAGGGCGACUUUUACCUAAAAGUCGGAAAGCUGGCUGUGCACACGACGGACGCGAUAGUGUUCCCCGCUGGACUGAAUACGCGAGUCCACAUUGGCGACUCUGUCCGAGAGGUUGACUCUGUCGCGCAAGUCGCCAUGCGACUUGUGAAGCCGUCGUGGGUGUCGCACGGCGGGCAGGCGAUUUUCGCCAUUCACGUGCACCCAGACGGGACAAGAUUCGCCACUGGCGGAGGAGACCACAAGGCCGUCAUCUGGAGCCUUCCUCCGCUGCUCUCCCCUGAUGCAGAGUCAGAUGCAUCUCUGCCUUCCCGCCUCGCCACUCUCUGCGACCAUUUCGGGGCGGUCAGCUCUAUCAGAUGGUCCCAUAACGGUUUACACUUAGCAACAGCAGCGGACGAUCAGACAGUGCAUGUGUACGGCAGGAGGGAGGGGCGGGGGAGCGUUGUGUUUGGGGAGAUGGACGCCCCUAAUGUGGAGAACUGGACACUUAUGCACUCUUUGAGAGGGCACACAGGAGAAGUGGUCGAUGUGGACUGGUCACCUGACGACUCACUAAUCGCCACCUGCAGCCUCGACAGCACAGUGCGGAUCUGGCAGCCAAUGACGGGCCGACAGGUGGCGGUGCUGACGGGGCACAGCAGCUUCGUGAAGGGCGUCGCGUGGGACCCCAUUGGCCGGUUCCUCGGCAGUCAAUCAGACGACAAGAGCGUGAUCGUGUGGCGGGUGAAUGAUUGGUCGGUUGCAAAGCGAGUGGAGGGACCUUUCCCAAAAUCUGUCGGAGCGACUUUCUUUCGCCGCCUCUCCUUCUCCCCCUGCGGCUCCUACCUCACUACAGUCCACGCCUUUGCCGACCCAAACCACACUGCGGCGAUCCUAGAUCGCACGCUCGGGUGGGCCAAGACUCUGGACUACGUCGGGCAUACCGGACCUGUCACCGUGGCUCGGUACAGCCCCGUGCUUUACCGAACCUCGCUGGAGGGUGGGAAGCCUGGGAAGGGUGGUUCGGAGGGUGAGGGGAGGAGGAUAGAAUACGGGCCAUAUGGAGUGGGCCAUGAGGAGUGGGCCGUAUGGGUGGAUAGCACUGGGCGGCAUGGGCGCCCUUCACCGCUCUUCACCGCGAAGAACCUCUUCAAGAAUACGGGCGGUGGGGAUGAUGAGGAGUGGGCCGUAUGGGUGGAUAGCACUGGGCGGCAUGGAUCGAAGGUUACUCUGUGGCCCACGUACCGGCCGUCACCGCUCUUCACCGCGAAGAAUCUCUUCAAACAGCCUGUGCUGGACAUUGCAUGGUAUAAUGUGGUAUGGUAUGGUAUGGUAUGGUAUGGUAUGGUAUGGUAUGGUAUGGUAUGGUAUGGUAUGGUAUGGUAUGGUAUGGUAUGGUAUGGUAUGGGUGCGGUUCGGUAUGGUCUGGUAUGGUAUGCACAUGCUCUGUUGCUCUCUUCUUCUCCCUCCCUCCUCACCUUCUCCUGCUCACGUUCCCCCUCCUCCCCACAUGCUACCUUUCCCCAUGCAGGUCCCCAUGCGGCAUGCACAUGCUUUGCUGCUCUUUAA